AUGGCUGAACCCACCCCGCCCCGCCCCUCCCGCUCCCUCAAAGACCGAGUCGCCAUCGUGACCGGCGCCGGCGCCCUCGGCGAUGGGAUCGGCAACGCGCGCGCCGCCGCCAUCCUGAUGGCCGAAGACGGCUGUGCCGUCGUCUGCGUGGACCUCCAACUAGACCUCGCGCAGCGCACCGUCGCCAUGAUCGAGGCCGAUGGCAAAGGCCGCGCCAUCGCGCUGCAGGGCGAUGUGACCUCCGAAGCCGAUUGCCGCCGGAUCGUCGACACCGCCGUCUCUACGUACGGCAGGCUCGAUGUACUCUUCAACUGCGUGGGCGUGGGAGGCGCGGCUGGCACGGCGGUGGACGUCGACAUCGCGCAGUGGGCCAAGGGGAUGGAGAUCAAUGUGGGGAGUAUGGUGCUGAUGAGCAAGUAUGCUAUUCCGGCUAUGCUGAAGAACGAGCGGCAGAUGGGUGUCAGGGGAAGUAUCAUCAACAUGGGCAGUGUUGCAGGCAUUCGGGGAGGGACACCACACCUGCUCUACCCGACCAGCAAGGGCGCGGUGGUCAACAUGACGAGGGCGAUGGCGGCGCAUCAUGCACCAGACGGCGUUCGGGUGAACUGCGUAUGCCCAGGUGAGUUUCUCCCAUCUGGAAAUAUGUACGGCGGCGGCAUGAGCGACUCGGCACGCGAAAGCCGCAAGAACCGCUCCCUACUAAAGAUCGAAGGCAACGGGUGGGACAUUGGCUCCGCAGUGCGCUUCCUGGCCAGCGAGGAGAGCAGAUGGAUCACAGGCCACGUGCUGCCCGUGGAUGCGGGCGCAACUUGUGCUGUAGGGACUGACCUGCCCAAGUCGGCGAGUGUGAACGCCUGA